UUCUACUUACACAAUCGGUUAGUUUCAGUUACUUUCUCAAACGCGGAAGAAGAAACUCUUCGGUUCAGGUAAAAGUAAAAGAGCUUUUAUGUCUGAUAGACAAGUUUUUAAUCUGUUUUCUAGCUGUCUAACUCUCUCUCUCUAUCUUUCAAAGUGUCUAUCUUAGGUGUCACAGGAACAAUUGUAUUUAGCGAGUUUUAAAACACAUAGCAUCGUUGUUCAUUUUCUUUCAAACACAAAUAGUCGUGUUUAUCUCUCGGUGUCUAAAAUAAAAUGGCAGAAGCUAAUGUUUUUUGGGCUAAGAAUCAGUUCAGCUGUUCAGUGUGUCUGGGUCUCCUGAAGGAGCCAGUGACCAUCCCCUGCGGACACAGUUACUGUAUGAACUGCAUUACUGACUGCUGGAAUCAAGAUGAGCAGAGGAGAGUUUACAGCUGCCCUCAGUGCAGACAGACCUUCACUCCAAGACCUGCUUUAAACAAGAACGUGGUGUUUGCUGAAAUUGUGGAGAAACUGAAGAUGACAAGAGUCCAAAACGUUGAUCCUGCUCCAAGUUAUGCUGGACCUGGAGAUGUGGAGUGUGAUGUUUGUACUGGGAUGAAGUACAAAGCUGUUAAGUCCUGUCUGAUGUGUCUGAACUCUUAUUGUCAAACUCACCUUGAACAACAUAACGGUUUCUUUAAAGAUAAGAGACAUCAUUUAAUCAAUGCCACUGGACGACUGAGAGAGAUGACCUGCCCUAAACAUGACCGAUUGCUGGAGGUUUACUGUCGGACUGACCAGAAGUGCAUUUGUUUAUUGUGUACGAUGGAUGAACACAAAAAUCAUGACACUGUUUCAGCUGAAGCAGAGAGAGCUGAGAAACAGAAACCCUUGGGGGGUGUUCAAAGAAAAUUUGAUCUUAGAAUCAAGAGAAAACAGAAGCUGCUAUAUCAGCUAAAAGAGGCUGUGGAGACUCAUAAGAGCUCUGCUCAGAAAGCAGUGGAGGACAGUGAGAGGAUCUUCAGUGAACUCAUCCAGUCCAUUGAGAGAAGACGAUCUGAGGUCACACAGAUGAUCAGAGAUCGAGAAAAGACUGAAGUGAGUCGAGCUGAAGGACUCUUGAAGAAACUGGAGGAGGAGAUUGAAGAUCUGAAGAGGAGAAACACUGAGCUGGAGCAGCUUUCACACACUGAUGAUCACAUACAUUUCCUACAGAGUAUCCCGGUUCUCUCUGUUCCUCCUGCAUCCUCAGACAUCAGUGUCAGUUCUCUCCACUCAUAUGAUGAUGUGGGUAAAUCCAUCUCAGAGCUAAGAGAGAAACUUGAGGACCUUUGCAAAGAGGACAUACAACAAAUAUUUGGUAAAGUUACAUACAUGGAAAUUGUUGCCUCAUCUGGACUCAAAACAAGAGAUGAAUUCUUGCAAUAUUCGUGUCAUCUCACCCUGGAUUUAAACACUGCACAUAAAUAUCUCCGUCUGUCUGAAGGAAACAGAGUGGCUACUUUUAUUGGAGCUGACCAGAGUUACCCGGCUCACCCGGACAGAUUUCAUGACUUUUCCCAGGUGUUGUGCAGAGAGAGUGUGUGUGGACGCUGUUAUUGGGAGGUGGAGUGGAGCGGGGAGGCUGGAGUGGGAAUAUCAGUCUCAUAUAAGAGCAUCAGAAGAAAAGAAGAGACUAAUGAUUCCGUGUUUGGAUACAAUGGUCAGUCCUGGAGAUUGUCCUGCUCUAACUCCAGCUAUAAAUUCAGACACAAUAGCAAUGUUGUUGAUCUCCCUGUAUCUUCCAAAUCCUCUAAAAUAGGAGUGUAUGUGGAUCACAGAGCAGGAAUUCUGUCCUUCUUCAGUGUCUCUGACACAAUGAGCCUCAUCCACAGAGUCCAGACAACAUUCACUCAACCGCUCUACCCUGGGUUUGGGAUUAAUUUUGGAUCAACAAUAAAACUUCUAUUGUUGAAGUCCUUAUGAACUAUAAGAUAAUUUAUACAUCCUCAUGAAAAAUGCAGAUAGGAAAUGUGGUAAACAGCUUCCUCUAUCUUUCUGGUGAUUAUCAUUUUAAUCCACACACACACUAUUUUUUCUUUAUAUUAAAUUAGUCUAAUAUACUCAUUAAAUAUCUCCCAUAACACACUGUGCAGGUCUGUGUCCAGGGCACAAUACAAGGGAACCCUAUUGGAUUUCUUUUCCUUUUGUUGUAAUUGUAAUUAAACACAAUCCCGUAGGAGCUACUGAUGCGUAGACACAGUUCACACAACCCAUACAAGCAAUAGAGCUGUUUCUUCUUUAAGAAGAGAAGUGUUGUUUCUCCUUUAAGAGAAGGAGGUUUGGAGUUUUGUGAGUUUUGAAAUUGAGUGAUACCUGCCUCUGUGCAUUUUUGUUAGCACAACAUCUAUAAUCCAGUGAAUGUGUAAGAAUUAGGUGCGUAUAAUGUCUUAGCUGUGUAUUGAAUAUAAAUGUGAUGUCUAAACAUUCCAAAAUAA